GUUUAUUUUUUCUUUUUAUUGUAACUGAUAAUUUUUGUUGAUAUCUUGUAGAAGCCCUGAGGAUGAAUUGAAUAAAAUCCGAAAGCUCGGCAAAGAAAACAGAGUAUUUUUUUGGUGUAAAACUUGGUCGAUUCCCUUAGAAAUCAUUCUGUAUGAAUCACGACCAUUACUGCAUCUAAGUUGUAAUCAAUAUGGGAUUUUAUCAGGACAUAUCUACAGGAUAUUCAGAGGAAGUAGCACAACACCUUAAAAAAUGGAGUUCACAGAGGGGCAAGUUGGCGUCGGCUUAUAAUAGACGUAUAUUUUUAUUAGAAUGUAAGAGACAAGGUAUUGUACCUAAACAUAUCAGCUCAAACAUCAAUAGUAUUAUGGGUUUAUUUGAGAUUAGCAGUAGUCGUAAAUUUAAUAGAAAGUUGGAUGAAUUGAACAAAAAUAUUAGACUAAAAAUCAUAAGAUUAGAAAUAGAUUAUAUUAAUUAUAAGAUUCAAUUUUUGGAAAAAUCUAACAGACACAUAAUGAAUCAAUUAACAAGUGAACUUCCAAGAAUAAUACUAGAUGAAUUCAAACGUAGACAAAAAGUAGGUUUCAACAAAAAAUUUCACAAAAUUAGGCAGUCAAAUUUAGCCAAAGUUGAGAGAUUACAUAACACAAAUUUGAAUAGAUUAGUAACACAUGAAAAGUGGUUUAAAAAUCUCUCUAGAGUUGAUAUACCAAAUAAUGUUAAAACACUUCUCUCAUUGGGUUCAAAAUUCAGCCUACAAAUUUCAACUAAGGACAUUCCUGUGAAUAAGUUGAUUGCUGAUGUUGAAGACAUCCUUCAAAAAACCCAGAAUACUAACCGCGAUCUUUUGAGAUCUAAAAUAGCCAGUAUUAUAACGAAUCACAUUCAUAAUAAUAAGGGUGCAAAAACAUAUACUGAUAGAAUUUAUAACGAGACAAGAUCUUUUUUAAAAAACAAUGAAAAUUUGUUAGUCCUCAACAGCGAUAAGGGUUCCGUAACUGUGAUAAUAGAACGCGAAACUUACAAACAAAAAAUGUAUGAAAUAGUAAAUUCAGAGAGUUUUCGAACACUCCAAAAAGAUCCAACUUUAACAUUGCAAACUAAAAGUAAUAAUUAUAUCAAAAAGUUACAAGACCUAAAUAUUCUGAGUGCAGAAAGGGCAAAAGCUCUGAAAUCCUAUAAUUCAGUUUGUCCUAAAAUCUAUGGCAAUCCCAAAUUGCACAAACGUGAUUGUCCUUUACGUCCUAUAGUGUCAAGUAUAAACAGUCCAACCAGUAAUAUAUCUAUGUUUAUGACAGAAGUGUUAACCCAAACUUAUGAUAGAGAAAAUGAGUACUUUAUAAAAGAUACAUUCGAAUUUGCUACAUUUGUCAAUAAUUUCAGGUUAGAGGAGGAUUAUGUCCUCAUUUCUUUAGAUGUUGUCAACCUGUUUGGCAACCUAUGUGAGGAAGUUGUAGUAGAUGUCCUUAAUCAGAGAUGGGGUAGUAUUUCUAGAAACUGUGACAUUCCUAAAGAUCUAUUUUUUGAAAUUAUCAGGUUCAUACUUCGGAACAAUUAUUUCUCAUUUGACAAUCAGUUUUAUAUUCAAAUAUUUGGAUGCGCCAUGGGCUCGAAAAUCAGCCCAAUAUUGGCUCAGUAUGUCAUGGAUCAUACAUUCGAUAUGUGUGUUCCAAAGUUGAGACACAAAACCGCCUUCAUCAAAAAAUUUGUUGAUGAUCUUAUUGUAGCCUUACACAAACAAGACGUUGAAAUUAUAUUGGAACAGUUCAAUAGUUACAAUCCGCAUAUACAGUUUACAAUAGAGUUUGAGGACGAAAAUAAUUCUGUUAGUUUUUUAGAUACGAGACUCUACAGAAUUGAUAAUACUGUACAUCUUGACUGGCAUAGAAAGCAAACUGCUUCAGAUAAAUUAAUACAUUUCAAAUCUGACCACCCUGUACAAAUAAAAAUAAAUUGUAUUAAAGAAAUGAAAAAUAGGGUGAACAAAAUAUGCCAUCCCAGAUUUUUGAAACGCUCCAUUGACAAACUUUUUAAUAUUUUUGUUGAAAAUGGGUACCCAAGAAAAAUGAUUUCCAAGCUACUCUAUUCGUCAGCGAAUGUCAACCAUAUAGACGACAACGACCGCCCUCCCCAGGUACUUAGAUCUACGGACACAGAUGGAGUUGAAAUUAAGUUUGGUAGUAUUGUUAAUAUUAAAGGUUUAACUUGUAAAAUAAAAAAAUGUUUGAGUAGAGAAGAUGUGAAAAUAGCAGUAUAUAAUUACAAAACUGUUAAGAGAUUGUAUAGUAGGCUGAAAGAUACCAUUCCAACUAUGUUGCAUUCAAAUGUAAUUUAUAGAAUACAGUGUGAAGAUUGUUCGCGUGGUUAUGUAGGUCAGACAUCUCAAUUGUUGAAAAAUCGAAUAUCACUUCACAAGAGCGACAUAAAUAAAAAGAACAAAAGGUGUGCCCUAACAAAGCACUCAUUAGAACAAAAUCAUAAAUUUCUUUUUGACAAUGUAGAGAUAAUUGAUAAAGAACGGAAUUACAAUAAGAGAAUUAUAUUAGAGAUGAUCCAUAUCAAUGAGGAAGAAGAAGCAAUUAACAGUAAAUCUGACACGCAAAAUCUUAGUAAUAUCUACACAUAUUUGUUAACAUACCCAAACCGAGAGAAAAAUUUCUAUGAUGGACCUAUUGAUGAAUAAUAAAAUUUGUGAACAAAACCCACCAUCUCUCUUGCACCCAUUGUUUGAUGCCUUGUCUCAUUGAUUUUUAUCUUCUGUCUAAAUUGAAUGAUUUAAACGCAUGUGCAAAUACCACCAUCUUAUUUCAUUCUAUAUUCCACAUUAAAAUAUUGACCUUUAUCGACAUAAGAUACCCAGUUGUCACUUUGAGAUUCCUGAAAUAUUUUUAUUUUUGUUAGAUUUAUGAAUUACUUAAUGAUUAGUUUAUAUUUGUUGACACCUUAACCUCGAUUUCAAAGCCCUGAGGAUGGAUUGAAUAAAAUCCGAAAGCUCGGCAAAGAAAACAGAGUAUUUUUUUGGUGUAAAACUUGGUCGAUUCCCUUAGAAAUCAUUCUGUAUAAAUCACGACCAUUACUGCAUCUAA